AUGGACAUACCAGUUGAUCUCCCUCCAGAUGACAAAGCACAAAACACCCAAGUAGACAGACAGGUCGAUAAACGAGCUCUUCGUUCUGCUCUUCUCAAACUCGACUCUUUCUUACUCCCAUUAUGCGCUUUUCUAUACUUCCUCAAUUUCUUGGACCGUUCCAAUAUCGGAAAUGCCAAAGCAGCCGGUCUUCAGACAGACCUUAAGCUUACCAACAGACAAUACUCAAUUGCGCUCACGGUCACCUAUGUACCUUACAUAGCGGCUGAACUUCCUCUGACUUUGGCCAUGAAGAAAGUGUAA